AUGGCCCCUGUUUUUCCUAGCAGAUUACGAGAUCCCCUAAGAUUUCCUAUAUUUCAGUUCUUUCUCCUCGCCAUUAUACGUCUAUCCGAACCUAUUGCACUCACAUCUAUAUUCCCGUACGCCUGGAAAUUCGUGAAAGUUUUAAAAAUUGGCCAGGAAAAAGAUGCUUCUUUUUACGCUGGGCUCCUCAUAUCCGCAUUUUCACUCGGAGAAGCUUUCUCCGGAAUGUUUUGGGGAUCUUUAUCUGACCGGAUUGGAAGAAAACCAGUUCUCAUUUGUGGCGGUGCUGGAACAAUUUUAAGCCUAUUAGUUGUCGGUCUUGCUCAUAAUUUCUGGAUCGCACUCAUGGGUCGCACAAUCGGCGGUCUUCUCAAUGGCAAUAUUGCUGUGAUUCAAACAAUGGUGGGCGAGCUGGUCACUAAUCCUAAACACGAGACCCGAGCUUAUGCAAUCAUGCCAUUUGUAUGGUCGGUCGGCACAGUACUUGGUCCCGCUAUUGGAGGUAUAUUGGCUGACCCAACACGAUCAUUUCCAAAUACUUUCUCUCGUGACGGAGUUUUCGGCCACUAUCCUUACUUUUUACCGAAUCUCGUGUGCGCCUUUCUUCUUCUAGUCAGUAUCAUGAUGGGAUAUUUCCUGCUCGAGGAAACAUAUCCCGAUAAGCAGCCUUCCGAUCGUAUAUAUCUCUCAGAGCAGGUGCCAAUGGUUGUAGAAUCUGACAUUAGAAAGAUCAGUAUGACAGGAUCCAAUCUUACGGAUUAUGGGACUGUUGCAAGCUCAUGUGGGCCUCUCAAUCAAGACAAAUUCUCAGAGUGCAGCACGAAUAAAACCUUAAAUCCGAGAAUUUUAGGUUUUAUCUACGCCUUGGGAAUAUUUACAUAUCAUAGUAUGACCUACGAUCACCUCUUUCCCAUUUUUUUGGAGGAUAAUCCAAAAAAUAUAACAUUCCAAACCGCAAAUGCCGUCAGAAAUAACUCUUCCUCUUCAGGACUAGGAUUGAGUACUGGAAAAGUAGGGCUAAUCAUGUCUAUUGAUGGAUUAUUAGCUAUAAUUGUGCAGGUAUUUAUCUUUCCCUUCGCAGCUGAAUACCUUGGAAUCAAAAUGAUUCUACUUGUAGUAACCAGCCUACAUCCAGUCUCUUUUCUCAUUGUUCCAUAUCUAUCUUAUCUCUCCGCUUCCUGGCUUGAUUCAGGAAUAUACGCUUGUCUCACUAUACGAAAUAUUCUGUCAAUUAUUGCAUAUCCAGCUCUUUUGAUUUCGAUAAAAGAAGCUACUCCAAGCCUAAAAACUCUAGGAAAAGUAAAUGGUUUAGCAGCAUCUAUUGGUGCAGCAUCUCGAACCAUUGCACCACCUAUAUCUGGCUAUUUGUAUGGCCUUGAAACGCGUACAAAUCUGACAGGAUUAGCAUGGUAUAUGAGUGCUUUGGUUGCAGGCUUAGGCGCUGUUCAAAUAUUCACCAUUCAGAAAGAAAAGAAGCUUGCAAAAGAUGACCCCACAAAUAAUUUGGAAAUAGAGGCUUGA